AAACAAAACUAUCAUUCAUCAGUCAAAAGUCAAAACAAGGCGCGUGGAUGUCACGAUUUGGACAAGAAUUGGUAUUGUGGUGUCUUCCUCGAGCCAACCUACUCCAGACAUUGAAGAUCGUUCGUGAAAUACUUUGUACCUGGCUGCGGUCAGCAGCGGCGUAGCGCCACCAUGAAGCCACAGGACGACUGCAGAAAUGGAGACGAUAACUUAUGAUGGCAGCAGGGUUGUAGGUACCAGGAGAGUUUUAGUGGAAAACUCAGUAACUAAAUAUAGUUUUGCAGUGAUGUUUAUUGGCGGUGCGACUUCGGCGGCGUCUCGCUCAGACGACAGCGAGGGGGAGGAGACGAGCGCAUUGGAGGAGGAGCUAUCUCUCAAUGAGCCGGACGGCCCCGCGCGAGUCCUGGCCGCACUGAACGCGCUGCGGAAGGCUCGCCAGCAUUAUGACGUGCUACUGUCGGCGGGAGGCGAGGAGAUCGCCGCUCAUCGCGCCGUGCUCGCCGCCGCCUCGCCCCGCCUCCUGGCCGCAUUGGCCGACGCACCGGCGCAACUCCCACUCGACGUAGACGCCGACGCGCUCCGAGAGCUCGUUGAAUACGCGUACACCGGCCGCCUGCGCGUACGCGACACGCCCGCCGCGCGCCGCUUGUACGCCACUGCGGCGCGUCUGCGGAUGGAGUCGGCGCGCGCGCAUCUCGCCGAUCGCCUCCUGCGGCGCCUGGCACCGCACGACUGUCUCGCCGUCCGCGCGCUGCCGGACCUCGCCCCACCGCAACGCGCGCUUCUCGAUCAAUACAUUGCACAAAAUUUCGACGACAUAUGCGCGAGCGGCGCCCUAGCAGCUCUGCCGCUGAUCCGCAUCGAGCUGCUCCGCGAGACGAGCGCCGAGGGAGGCGAGGAGGCGCCGGCCGCCGUCGCCGACGCCGCCCUCGCCUGGCUGCGAGACCGUCACGCGUCAGAUAUAUCUCUCGAGGAGCUGUGCGCGCGCACGCACCUGCUGUACGUGGACGCGGGCGGCGAGCUGCGCGACUGCGGCGAGCUGCCGGCGGCGCGCGGCGACGCGCCCGAGCUGCAGGAGUACAGACGCGAGCGGGAACAGGAGAAGGCUAUCCGCAAACGCGACCGCGCCGCUGAUGAUGAUGUGAAAACCACACACAACGAAGCUGGGCACGCCGAGUGCACCGUAAUCGCCGCACGGGCCGGCGGCAGCGCUGUGAACGGGGGCGGUGCGGGCGGCGCAGGGGGCGGGGCUAGCGUGGGGGGAGCGGGCGUGACGCGCGCGGUGGUGGUGGUGCGGGGGCGGCUGGCGGCGGCGCGCGUCGCCUGGCGCACCGGCAACGCGGAGGGGCCGCGGGGAGGCAAGCUGGGAACACGAGCUGACGAACCGCUGGAACCCACUCGACUUUUCCGAAGAGAAGGACAAAACAUAGAGGCGGAGGCGACAUCAGCUCUGGCACACAUGGCGGUUGGGCGCUGUGCGAUGGGCGCCGCCGCUUUGGGUGGCCGCCUCGUCGUCUGCGGCGGUUACGACCGCGCGAGAGUUUUACGCGGCGCCGAAGCUUACGACCCUAAAGAGGACCGCUGGGUUCCCUUGCCAGAUAUGAAGCGGGCCCGCGCCCGAUUCCCCGCUGCGAGGCUUGGAGAUGCACUAUUCGUGCUCGGCGGCUCGGACGGUCAGGCGGAGUUGGAUUCGGUUGACGUGCUAGUCGACGGGGCGUGGUCUGCACGCGCCGCGCUGCCGCUGGCCUGCUCUCACGCGGUGGCGGGUGCGGAUGAGGAGAGAGGCGUGCUGUACGUUGCGGGCGGAUGGGCGGCCGGCCGCUCGCUGCGCCAGGUGCACAGAUACGAGCCCGCCAGCAACCGGUGGGGCGACGCACCGCCGCUGCUUACUGGAAGGUCCCAAUGUGCCGGGGCUGUGUGGGCGGGAGCUCUCUGGGUCCUGGGUGGAUGCGACGCGUGGAACUGCCUCGCCACCACGGAGUUUCUACCGCUAGACGGAGCCGCGACUUGGCGAGCAGGUCCGGCACUACCUACCGCGCGACGUUCGAUGGGCGCUGCGGCGUGGCGCGGCAUGUUGGUGGCGGCCGGCGGCUCGGCGGGCAGCGCGUCACUGCGCGACACCGCGCUGCUGUCGGAGAACGCCGCGGGGGGCGCGGAGGGGGCGUGGCGCGUGGGUCCGCCCCUGCGCCGCGCUAGAGCCGCCCCCGCUCUAGUCGCGCUCGGCGACGCCCUGUACGCUGCCGGAGGGUACUCCGGCAAGCAGUUCCUGGCCUGCGUGGAGACGCUCCUGCACCCUGAUGGGGAGUGGACCACGCUGAAAAACCCGGAAGUCCCCACCGCUCCUCCUGCUCCCACCGCACCGACGGAAAACGGCACGCAGACAGAAAAAGAAGAAUCGCAAUAAAGCAGAUAAUCAUCACGAAAUAUGAUCAAUGUGCUGCCGACACCAUCCUACGCAUUCCACAUGCAUUUACACCGCCCGCUUAGAGCUCCAGGGAAAAUUAUUACUAAAUUAGAUUGAAUUGGUACUAACUAUACAUUUUUAUCAAUAUACAUUUAAUGUGUUCGGGUAUAUAUUUAAGGGUAAUAAAGCAGUGAAAAUGAUUUGCAAAUGGCAAUAAAUUUGAUGGAAAAAGAAUAUGAAAUUACAUCUAAGCGAUAAUCAUUAUUAUUAAAGUAAAUAUGAGCGUUGCGCGGUUCUCUUUUGAUUGGCUAACAUUAUAAAGUCAACUAAUCAACAAACUGUUGAAAAUAGGAACAUGUGAUAAAAAUGUCAGAAACCACGCUUAUGUGAUAUGUAUGGCAUAACAUUCGUAGCCAUUUGCAAAUAAUUUUAAUAGUUAAUGCUGGAUUUACACGGGUGACUAAAGCCG